UGAUGAUUCAUUCAAUCGAUUCCAGUUGUGUAUUUAAUCAAUGAAUGAUGCACCUCCCUUCUUCCUGGAUUUUAUCAUACUGGGGCGUUUGAGAGAUAGAACGAGAACUGUCAAAAUGUCAUCCAAAUGAAUGAAAACACAAAAAAAAAAAAUGUUAAACUAGUUAUAAAAUUAUUCCCAAAGCAACCAAGACAACUAAAAAUGCAAUAAAUAAUUCAAAUGGUUUUGUUUGAAUUUUUUAAAGCAAUUCUCCAAAGUGUCAAUACGCGUACCGCACAAUCAUCCGCUUUAUCGAUGUGAAAAAUGGCUGUAUCAAUCGAAAUCAAAUUGAAUCGACCGAAUAAAAUCUACUAUGAAAACGAAUCGAUAAGUGGUCUAUUGCAAAUACAUUGUCCAACAGAGACAAAACACGAUGGUAUUGUAGUGGCACUGGAUGGCAUGGUGAAUUUAAGAGGCAUUAAACCAUUUCAAUUGCUUAGCAAUUGCAUUCAAUUGGCCGGUGCUGGCAAAUUGUCGCAAGGUUUCAGUGAAUUGGCGUUUGAAUUUGAGCUUAAAUGUGUCAAAGAGAUUCUCUACGAAACAUAUCAUGGCGUUUUCAUCAACAUUAAUUAUAUGAUUAAAUGUGAGAUAAAACGCAGUUUUCUCGCGAAAACUAUCGCUAAAUCGCAACAAUUUGUUAUACAGUAUAAGCCACAGCCAAAGUUGCCGCCAAACAAUAAAUCCAAGUGCGAACAAGCCAACGUCACAUUUACGAUAAGCCCUGAAACGCUACAAAAAACUGGCAAAGAACGUAUAUCCAUUCCAAGAUUUUUAAUUACUGGAUCAUUGGAUGCGGUCGAUUGCUGCAUAUCCAAACCAUUUACCGGCCAUUUGACCAUCCAACACACCGAAGUGGCUAUCAAAUCCAUAGACUUGCAACUCUUGCGAAUUGAAACGUGCGGCAGUACUGAGGGUUAUUCACGUGAUGCCACCGAAGUUCAGACCAUUCAAUUGGCCGACGGAAAUGUUUGCCCAAAACUAGAAAUUCCAAUUAAUUUUUUAUUCCCAAGACUGUUUACGUGUCCAACACUUAUAUCGAAAAACUUUAAAAUCGAAUUCGAGUUGAAUUUAUUUGUUAUAUUCCAAGAUGAAUAUUUAGUAACGGAAAACUUUCCAAUUGUUUUGCAUCGGUUCAAUUAGAAGAAGUUAGAGCAUAGCAAUCAGUUUUUUUUAUAUAAAUUAAAAUGCAUUACAGCAAGAAGAAGAAGAAGAAGAAGAAGAAGAAGAAGAAAACACACAGACAGAAGCAAACAUAUUGUGUGUAAUGUAAAUUUAUAGAGCAAUAUAUGCUUUUAUUAUUAUUACAAAUAAACAUAGCAAAUUUCAA